CGACGUCAAAUUAAACAAACUUUGGUUGACAACAAAUUUUUUCGGCACAGUUCGUCGAUAAAGUAAAUGGCUGAAGUGCAUGUUAUUGGCCAAAUCAGCGAAGCGAAAGAUUUCCCCGAGGGUCAUUUGUUCUGCAAAUGGUAUUUUCAGUACGGUAACAAUUGGAAAUUAAUCUCUGGAAAAGCGAAAGGCCAGUCACAGGUGACUCACUCGCCGUUUGACGAGACCAAAUCCACCUGGUCGUUUCCUAUAGAUAUCCAUUUUGCCACCGCUGGAAUUCAAGGUUGGCCGAAGAUCUACAUCGAAGUGUACCACCUCGACUGGUUGGGCAGGGCACACCUAUUCGGCUACGGUUUGGUGACGGUCCCGUGCGGUCCGGGAUCUCACUCGAUCGACUGCUACACGUGGCGGCCUCUAGGCUCCGCCCGUGACCGUUUCGUGCGGUUCUUUUUGGGCGGCGGGCCUCAGCUGAGACACUCGGACUUAGUCUUUUCCCCCACCGAGCGCUACAAGUUGUCUACCGAAGCGAUGGGCGUGGUCUCGUUCGAUCUGAACGUCGUCCUGCGCAAUUUUACCAACUACGGCGUUGAAUAUUGA